GAAACUUCCUCGAAUACCAUUACCAAGAAAUGAAGAACACUUUACCACAAUAUGAAAAGGUUCUUAACACGGAAUUUAACGCUAUCUACCAGGAGUUGGGAGAUUUAAAGAAUAAUCGGAGACAAUACUUGGAUUCCAAGCAAAUUUACGCCAUCUAUAAUAAGUUUUUAGACCACUUGAAUGAGUUAUCUAUCAUCAGAAAAGAUGAGGAAAUCAAGGGAAUGAAGCUCGAGUUACCCAACCUCAACGAUUCGGUGGUCGACGACAUCUGGCAGUUGAUCUCCUUGUGUUUCAUCACGUGCGGAUUGACCAAAUUUGCUCCGGCCACCUAUUCCUCCUUGUCUACCGUCUAUAAGUUGUUGACCCACUUGAGGGAUGGGAAGUUAUACACCAUGGACGAUUUGACCCCCAUAGAAAACAGAUUGGUGGAGAUAAAGCGUAUCAUUGACGACUAUAACUAUCAGGAUGAUAGUCAAGAUGAAGAUCUGGACCAUACCACUCCCCAAAAAAAUGAACAAAUCAACUAUAUCAGGAGGAAGUAUAACAAAUGUCAGGACCUAUACAAUGAACUUGCGGCCAAAAUCAAGGAUAUCCCUGAUGAUGUCAAGUCUAUCUACAACAGCUUAUUGACGUUGAGGAAAGGGUUGAUAGGAUUGGUUAUUGAUAGUAAUGCCCAGGAUUCCACGGAUAAAUUCCAAGCCGAGUUGAAAAGGGUUGAGGAUUUGAGGGAUGAACAAGGGAAUUUUAAUAAUUGUGAUGACAGAAGCCGGCCCAUAUUGGACGGAUUACUCGAUGAUUGUAAUAACUUGAUAAAGGAUAUCAAUAUCAAUAAGGAUAAGAGUUUCAACGUAUUGUUCAGUAAAUUGGGAUUGGAUGAAAACUGCCAAGAUGAAAUGAGAAAGUUUAAGAGUUUGAUUGACCGAUUGAUUGACAUCAAGUUGAACUUAGAAAACCUUUUGAUUACUAGAAGAUGGACCUUGAGAGAGACAGACUUGUAUAACUUUCAAAACGAGUUGAAGGAUAUUGAAACCACCCGGUUAGAUAUUUUACUGAAUUCUUCAAACACCCUCAAGACAAAUGUGAAAUUCAAAAGCAUCCAGGUAUUAUUAUUAUAUUUAUUAAGAAGGUGCUACUCGUUGAUCUAUAAAUUACUAGAAAGCAGUGAGCCUGUCAGUGAGUCUUUACAACCAAUCCAUAAUCAAUUAUCCACUGUGAGAAGAUGUCUUUUGGAUAUAAAGAGAAUUGAUGGUUUGAACAACUUGAGAGAAUUAUAUCCGUUCCAAUUUAAGUUGGCUUCAUUAGACAAUUUAAGAAAUGACGGCAAGUUCAUCAUCAAUAAUCAAAUUCCCGAAGGCCAAGGUACAUUGAAUGCUUUGUUGGCUGAAUGUUUUGAUAUUUUGCAUGAGCUCAAGAUUGAGUUGGAAGCAAAGGAAGACGAACAGGACGAAGAAAUCAAAGCUCAAGAAACCGACGAUGAAGACAUAAACUCAGAUGAUGAGGUAGAACUCAAAAGAAAUAGAUAUGUUGAAUUCAACGAGGCUGAUUAUGAUCAAGCAGAAAUGGAUUCCUUGAAUGACGUUGAUGAUGAAGAAAGCAACACCGAGUACGAGGCUAAUGACUAUUAUUGAGACAUACGAACCGUUAUUUACUAUAAACAGGUUACAAAGAGCCCAUAGGUGGUAUGUAUGUAUAUAUUAAUGAAACAGUGUAUGUUUAUU